CGAAGACCUAGGCUAAAUGUUUAUAUUUUACAUUACAUCAACUAGUAUUUUAUUUUGAUUUUGUCUAUUUCAUAUUUCAUUGCAAUUAUUCAUUUUGUUUCUAUGUAAUGGUUAAAAGAAGUUCUUUAUUUAUUAUGGCUGGACAUGAAAAGAAUCGAUUGGACUUAAGUUUCUGCUGUGAACAGUGCGGUAAAGUAUUUAGCUACAAAUACAACUUAACUGCCCAUUUAAAGAAGAAGCAUGGCCCUGAUAGUAAUUUGGAAAUACCAAGUAAACUAUUUAUCUGCGACUUUUGUCCUUCUCGGUACAAACAAAAGUGCCACUUGUUAGCGCAUCAAAGGCUAAAACACGACCGACCAACCACUAGGCCUGGUAAUUUAAGGUGCCCUAUUGUUCAAUGCAAUGUGCUUGGAAGUAAAAUGGAUUUAAGAAAACAUUAUAAAAAUAAUCAUGGCAUUGUCCUAGGCACCAAUUCACUUGAUUUUACCUCUUUUGAAGCUUUUUUUAAAUGGAAAGAGGAGGAGGAAGCCCGAGUGAGGGCAAAAUUUGUUAAAGAAAAAGGCUCUGUUGAAAGUACUGGUGGCAAAUGCCACACAUUUGUUUGUCAUCGAAGUGGAUGUUAUGUCCCAAAAGGAAAUCAUAAAAGGUGCUUAAAAACUCAAGGCUCAAGUAAAAUUAAUGGUUAUUGCCCUGCGAAAAUGUGUCUAAUUGAGAAGUCAGAUGGCAUCUGCCACUUAAACUACUUAAAUACCCAUAUUGGACAUGACGACUUAUUGGUCCACUUGACUUUAAGCAAAACAGAGAGAACGAAUCUUGCUGAAAAAAUUGCUUGUAAAAUUCUUUUUGACGAGAUCCUGGACGGGGUUAGAAAUUCUGUAAAGGGAAAGUGUGACAGAUUACAUUUAUUGUCUCGGCAAGACCUUUUUAACAUUCAAAAUGAAUUCAACCUUAGCAGCAGUGGCAUAAGUCAUGAAAAUGACGCUAUAAGUGUUGAGUUUUGGGAAAACCAUAAUUUGAAUGAAAACCAUAGUUUGGAUCUCAACAAAAAGAACUUCCUUACUCACAUUGAAAAACUAGUGGCUCAAGUAAACUCCACAGAAGAAAUGUCAUCUCUGUGGAAAAUCUUUAAAAAAUCAAUGAUCCAUAUAAAUACAAUGAGGAAAAUCAAGAAGGAAGCAAACCACCAAGAAUUAAUGAAAAGAAAAUGUAGUAAAGAACCUGCAAACAAAAAACUGAGUCAUCAAAGGCCAUAUUUUAAGGCUAAGGAUAAGAGGAAACCCAAGUUGACAAACAGAAUAUUUAACAACCCUAUUCAAAAAGAAGAAAUAGAAAUGAUUGAAGAGCUCUCAAAAGUCUCUACUUUGCCAACUGGUACCAGUAUGAUCGAGAAACACGCACACCAACCUUGUUGAUACCUCCUCAAUAACCUCCAAUUUGAUGUAACUUGCCUAAUGUCUAUACCAAUUACAUUUUGUUAUCCUAU